CUGGAAGAUGAGGCUGGUCUCUUGGAGAGCUGUUUUUGCAGCUGGCCUCUUCUGGGCUCUGGUCAGCGGGACCCUAGGGAUGGAUUUAAGCACACGAGAAAGUUUGCUUUUGAAAUCCCUGGGCCUGAGCGCCAAGCCCAGUCCCAGGUCGCCCGCUCCUGUGCCCUCCGUGCUCUGGCGGAUCUUCCAGAAGAGAGAGAUCCCUUCCCCUUGGAGCCCAGGCCGGGAGGAUGCCUGCCGGGUGGAGGAGUUCAACGUCCCCGGGAACAUCAUACGCGUCUUCAGUGACCAAGGCCACUUCCUUCACAGUGGGGGGCCGCGGACCCUGCUGUGCCUGGAGAAGCAUCUGUACUUCAACCUCUCCGUGCUGGAGGAUGGGGAACAGCUCACGAUGGCGCAGCUCCAGCUCCAGUUCGGCCACAACUCGUACCGGGCCCCCGGUCCCGGGCAGGUGUUCGAGCUGAGGCUGUACCAUGCCCCGCCGCCCUCCUUGCGGGAGCUGCCUUCCCCGGCGGCCAGCUGCAGGCUCCUGCUGGCACAGUCCUUCGCGCAGCUGCACAAGUCACUCCUCUUCAACCUGACCCAGGUGGGCAGGGACUGGAGAACCCCGAGCAGGAACCUGGGCUUGGUCCUGGAGAUCUCCGUGAGCAGCGGGGCUAGGUCCUCGGCCUUGCUGGGCAGGCCCCCGGGGAACUUCUGUGCCGGCGCCGACUCCUUCCUCGACGCCUCCCUGCUGGUCGUGUCCCUCCAGCCGGGGCAGUGCAAGGCCUCCAGGAAGAAGAGGAGCUCCUACUACGCCCCCGUGAUGCCGAGCAGCCUCUGCAAGCCCCGGCGGCUUUACAUCAGCUUCAGCGACGUGGGCUGGGAGAACUGGAUCAUCGCGCCGCAGGGCUACAUGGCCAACUACUGCCUGGGGGAGUGCCCCUUCCCCCUGACCACCGAGCUGAACAGCACCAACCACGCCAUCCUGCAAACCAUGGUGCACUCGCUGGACCCCGAGGGCACCCCCCAGCCCUGCUGCGUCCCCGUCCGCCUCUCCCCCAUCUCCGUCCUCUUCUACGACAACCACGACAACGUGGUGCUGCGGCACUAUGAAGACAUGGUGGUGGACGAGUGCGGCUGCAGAUAAGGACGGGUGAUGGACGGCUCGGGGCGGGGGUUGUGAUGGAGCCGGAUCUCCUGGCAGCAGACUGGGGUCUCCCCUUGAUGCAGCUUGUGUCGAGAGCUCCCCCCUCCCCUUUCCCGAUACCUGGGUGCAAGAUGCAUCCUCACAGGGGAGAUCUCAACCGCUGGCACCAAGGUGCACAAGCUGGCAUGAAUGGCGCAGGGUUUUCCCCCAGAUGCCGACCCGCGGGGUGAACUCUGCUGCCUCCCAGUAUAAAGAACUGCACAGGCUGAUGUUUGAGUGGGAGCUCAUUUUGCUGCUCGUGCUUGACGGCAGAUACCACCCUGUCGCCUCCUGUGCUAGUCGGAGGUCCAGGCAGCAUGGGUGAGCGUGGGAAGGGGAGGACUGUUCUGGGGCUGUGAGGACAGGAUUUUGCAGCAAGGUUGGUGCUAUAAAGAAUACUGCCCCAAGCUCCUUGCUGGUAGAAACCAGUCUUUGGCAAUGCUGCAGCGAGCCUGUAUGGACUUUGGUGACCUGGCUAAUGUCGGGCCUCAGUUACCCACACCCCUUUCCUUUCUGCUGAAUGAGCUGUAGUCUACCCCCUGGCUUCAAGUGUUACUAGUGCCCUGCCUUCAGCCUAGGCUGGCUGGCCGGCCCUGGAGCGGACAGCAAAGAAGAGCAAUAGGCUGCACACAGACUAGUCCUUCCUCUGGCGUGUUUUCCUCUUGCUCUUUUGCUGUUAAAACUCCCAGUGCGUGCCCUCCCGAGCACUCUGCUGCCGCCUGUUCCCAGCCCCUGCGCGCUGCAUGAGCAAUACCCUUGUUUCGGGAGGGAGGGGGGUGGGAACGGGUUAUGCACAGUCUGUUCCCAGUGGGGAGCAGAGAAUCUGGUUCAUACAGAAACUAAUUUAAUGCCAUCUGGGUGGCUCGAUUCCCCACUGACACACCAAGGACUCAGCGAGGUGCAGGAGCAGGACUUAGCCAACUUGCAGUUGUGCGGACUAGUCUUGGCUGGCGCUAGAGCCUCGUCUUUCACAUGCGGCGUUAAAGCAACAGGGACGUGUGAUCUGGUCCCAGUGUCCGGGGGGCUGGCAGGCCACGGUUGUGUUCAAGGCACUGGGAGCAGUGACUAACUGCUGUGAACUACGUAGCACAGCGCGUGUGGGUAGCUGCAAAAUCCCCACCGGCCUGUGCUGAGCCUGAAUCCAGCCCAGUGGAGGCUGCUGAAGUCCCUCAACGGGUCUCUGGGCUCUUCUAUUAGAAGAGUUUCAAGCCAGCAUUGCUCUCUACAUUAACAGCAUUGUGUUGCCACCACCUUCCUACUUUAAUUCACAGCAAACGUGCUGGAUGCUAAGUGAAGUCUUUCUUGUAAUCUGCUUGAAGCCUGGGCAAAGCUACCAAGUCAUCCCCGUCUUUAGUCAGGCCGGAGGGUCUGCAUGCAUUAUGCAAGCGGACGUGCUUUCCAUCAGGAACCCAGCGCAGCUCCUGUGGCUUCAGGGGAGCAGCCAGCAGAACAACUCCCCCAUGCACUGAAUCAUCUCUCUGACUUCAUCUGAUCACAACCUGCUUCUCCACCCUUGGUCUGUUGCAAGCAGCAGAAUCAUACCGGAGCCGCUGCUGCUGCUCCCGAGGUCACAGGACGGUACGGAGACACCCGCGCGUGGAGGGUGCCCGGCGGGGGCUCUGGUUGGAGCAGGGCGGUUGCAUUGGCUGCAGUCUCUCUCUGGUGGGGGGGAGAGAAGGAACAAGGGAUCUGAAUUAAACUUGAAACUUUUUUCUUUUAAAUGCAAGUCAGACAAACUAGUGCAGGCUGUUUUUGUACUUAUUGCGUCUUAAUGUUUGGACUUUCGAGUAUUAACAGGAUGGGUCUUUUUCCCUGUGGGGGAGCUAAAGGUUUAACCACUUUUCUUCUAAGUUAUUUUAAUUAGUUUUCAGGGAUGAUGACCUUUCCCUACCCUGAUCAAUGAACUUGUGUUGUGCUCACUGAUAACAUGCCUAAGUUUAGUUGGUUGAACAGGAACCCAGCGCAGUAAUGGGAAGUCACCGCUGUCCCACCCAGGCGCCGUGCUUGUGCCCUACUGUUUUCAAGUGUCCUAAUUCAGAAAUUUAAUUGAAACACUGGUGAAGGUGGAGUUUGGCCCUGCCUCUCGAAGCUUAGAGGACAGAGGAGUCCAAUUUACUGUGAUAGUUCAGCAGGAGCUCAGUUACUAAAGCCUAUGAAAGCAUGGAGGGCGUGUCUAUUAAUUGCUGUAAUGACAUGACUUAAGUCAGGCUGGGCCCCCUCCCCAGAGCUUUUUAACACACGUCUCUGAAGGCAAGUGAUUACAGUUUAUCAUCUAAAAUAAUAAAAAAAAAGAGCAUCUGCCUCUCUCACAGAUUGUUUCUGUGCCAAGGAAGGGGCUUAAAACUUAGUAUAUUUAGGACACAUCUGGGCAUGCAGGAGGCUUUUCACCUGGACCCCACCUGUGCUUGCCAAGCAAAUGACUUGGAGAAGGCAGCGGAGUCAAAAGUGAGGAUUCGUACCAGUCUGGUCUUGAGAGCCAGAGCAGACAGGGAUGAAACAAAUCCUUUCUGCCGAGCAGUAGCUGUGAAAUCACGUUAACCCACUAAUGCAACAUAGCUGAGGCUGGCUGCUGACCGCAGGGCAGAACGAGCGCCAGACGGCUGGCUGCUCUACCAGGUGCAUCUGGGGGCGACGAGACCAGGCCUAGAUGUCGCUACUAUAAAGCCUGUUUGAAGGGCUUCCUUAGCGAAUAUAACAGUUUACCAACAGAGCAAAUAAGAGCUCUGAGGAUGUGUAGAUGCCCACAUAGGCAUGUCAAAUCGGGCACUAUCUUACCCCCACUUCCAGCAGAGGGCAUGAGGAAGUCUUCUUCCAGCUUGCAUGUCACUUCUCGUGGUUUUUUUUUACAAGCCUCUUCCAACCCACAUCCCUGCUGUGCAACAUCCACGCAUGGGCACAGGCCGUGCCUCGCCGGGCUCCUGACCGUUCCCAUCGAUGCUCGUUCUCAAGGCAUGUGCAGGACUGGACAAGCCCAGAGGAGGGGACCUGGGUAGGGCAUUUACCUUUAACAGACUUUUCACGGUUCAUUUGCUUACUCACAUAUGCUCUGUACACCCCACUUUUGUACUAGGUUGUGUUAAAAAUGUAAUAAAACAUGAGAAGUUUAUACAAGCGGAAA